AUGGAUCGCCCAGAGCCGGGUCUCAUCAGAUGGUCGCCGAACGCGGGGCGAGACCUCUUUCUUCACAUCAACCUCCAGCACCACGUCGUGCAGCUCUAUGAGCCAACAGGCUUCGCCAAUAAAGGCAACUUCCAGGCAAGGACGCUCGGCAAAUAUGACGAACUACCUCCUCUUACCACCUUUGACUGGUCUCCCUCCGUGCCCGGCCUGGUCGCCGUGGGCACCUCGACCGGCGUCGUCAACAUCUUGCGCGUGGACGACAACUCAAACGCAGUCAUGCAUCUCAACCUCAAAAUGUCCCGUACCUGCCAAGCUGUCGCCUUUAGUACCGCUGGAAAGCUUGCUGUUGCCCUGGACAGAGUGAGAAGUGACAACUGCCUCUACAUCUGGGACGUCAACCGGCUAUCGACCAUGGAUACCAAUGCCUCAGGCUUCACUAGUGUUGUGCCCUUUACCGACCCCAUAGAUCGCCUCGAGCCCAGCGUGUCAGUCUCCAGCGUCAGGUUCUUCGAAGACAACCCCAAUGUUCUCGUGGCCGGCAUUAAGGGCCAGGGUCUCCGGAUACAUGAUUUAAGAGACCAGAACUAUUUUGCCUCCUCGGCCCUGGACCAGCCGGGUGUCAUGGUUUGGGACCGACGCGCAACCCACCGCCAGGUUGCAAGGCCCUCGUAUAACGAUGCGGUUAAGGAUGACGACUUACCCUGGGGCGGAGCCUUGCGUCUGGAAAAAGCGGUGCGCGUCCAUACUCAGGAUCCGGCCCAGGACACCAACACCUCCUACAUCCGUUCCAUUCGUUUUUGUCGAGACAAGCCCGGUAUGCUAGGCGUGUUAUCACGGGCCGGCCAGCUCCGAAUCUUGGACACGAGACAUGAAUACGUGGAACCUAGUAACCAGUUCGAAAAUAGCCCUGAGCUGCUCGAGGUGGCUCGAUCGUAUGAGAUGGACCCUUUCUAUCUGGACAACACCCGCCAUAAGCACGAGAAGAUCGUAUCCUUUGACUGGAUUACCAUGCCUUCACCCAUUGCCCAGGCCAGAAUGCUUGUCCUCAGGAACAAUGGCAAUUUUGAUGUAUUGGAGAAACCGUCCUUUACGUCCGAGCAUCCAUUUAAGCUGAUUCCGUGGCAACCACCCCACCGAGGACUGGAAGGUAAAGAACCACCUGAGGAUCUACCCUACCCUUGGCUCCCGGGCGAACAAAAAACUCACAAUCUUCUAGAAAGGAUAUCUUAUCAUCAAACCAUGGACUUCGAGAUCCCCCAGACGCAGGAAAUCCUGGGACCCUUCUUGACCGAGAAGGUGUUGGCAAAUAAGCAGCUAUUCGGACCAGACAAGGCAAACCUUACUGCAGUUGUUGAAGACGCCAUGCAGUCGGACGUUUACACUGACCUGCUAGGACCGGACGGCUUUAAUCGAAUCUGCGAUCUGAAGUUCCCGGAGGGGUAUUCUACAACCAUGCCGAUUGCUGAGAAGUUGGCGGCCCUGAGGAUGACGGUUGGAGAAAGGUCACCAAACGGCUUGAACACGCGAGGUGAACCGUUAGGACAGUUGGAGCGCCAUGAGAACUUGCUAAUGAAACUCAUGGAUCGAAGCAACUUUCCCAGAGAGGCACAAGUUAUCCUCGAUCAUACCAUGAUCUUCCGCGCAAAGGAGGGUUAUCUUUUCAACUACAGAAGAAAUCAGCAGGUCGUAGCCGAUGACCCAUGGCUUAAGGAUAUGUGGGCUUGGAUUACAGGAGCCGACGAAGCAGCUUCAGAUGGCGGGAUGAUGUCUCAUCCUCUCGAUUUGAGCUACAUGGGAGUGUACACAUUGUGGACAAACGACCUUGGGAGUAAACCUCAAGCAAGGCUAUCGGACCACUCACAUGCUCCUGACCAAGCUGGUUGGGAGCGUUGCUUGAACGCCAUCAACAAAAAACUGGGGCUCCCAAAGUUUGACGGCGUCGAUACGAAGCGUCCCCACCAUCGCGAGAUGUGUCUCGAGAUGUGCAAAUGGGGUCGAAACUAUGACGCCGAUUUGAUCAAUGGUCAAUCCAUCUCCAGCCUGAGCAAAGACGCCUCAGUAUGGCACACCAUGGCGGCUGCUCAAGCCCUCUUCAGGGGCGAUACCAAGGGCGCCGUGCAAGUGCUCAAGCAAGCCAGCACUGAUCACCCCGAACUCCUCUUUGUCUCUCUGGCAUUGCAGCUCGUGGGCAACGUCACGCAAGAGGGGGACAGAAAGAACAAGAACAACGCUGUCAAGGAAGCCCUCGACUUUGACGAACGCGUGGCCUCCAAAACCGACCCUUACCUGCGCGCAAUCUCUUCCAUCAUCGCCACGGGUGACUGGUUGACCAUUGCCAACCAACGCUCUCUCCCACUCCGAGACCGCGUUUACGUCGCUGUACGCUAUCUCCCCGACGACGCACUCACCGCCUGGCUCCACGCCGAGACCGAAGCGGCCAUGGAGGCCGGCAACAUCGAAGGCAUCGUGCUGACCGGCAUCACGGACCCUCUUGUCGACAUCCUCGCCCGCUACGUAUCCAAGUUCGGCGACUUCCAGACCGCCACGCUGGCGCUAUCAAUCUGCUCACCGCGCUUCAUCGAUGACGUGCGCGCCGCGGCCUUCCGUACCGCCUACCGCGCCUAUCUCCAGCGGCACCACGCCUUCUUCCUCCGCGCCAAGUUCGACGUCGAGUCGACCAAGCGGAGCAAGCACCAGGGCCGCCCGACCCUCAGGCCCCCAGGCCGUCAGAUCGCCCUGCGCUGCGUCUACUGCGACGCCUCGACGAGUCUCCACACCCACAACAACAGCUCCUCCAACAGCUCCAACCCCAACAGCCAUUUACCUGGCAAUGCGUCCCCCUCCAUACCAACCUUCAUGGUCCAACAUGCCGCCGCUCAACAGGCUCAAGCCCAAGCCCAAGCCGCAGCGGCCGCAGCGGCAGCAGCACAACAGCAACAACCAACAUCUGGAGCUUCGGGUGGUGGUGGCGGAGGCGGAACGACACCCAAGAUCCCUAUCCCUCCCCCGCCUCCUCCGGCCGACGCCCUCCAGCUCCCGCCGGCGGCCGCCGCGGUGCAAAGCAAGAAUCCCUUCACUGAGAAGAUGGUACAAGCGGGUAUCUCUUGCCCGAACUGCAAGCGUCACCUGCCGCGGUGCGUAGUCUGUCUAGAAAUUGUUGGCAUGCCACGCAGUGAUUUACCGGGGUCGGGCGGCAAGGAAGGGACGGGGAUGGGCAGAGUAGUAGUAGUAGGAGGAGGAGGAGGAAGUACGAUGGGAAGCCAUCACGGCGGAGUAGGAGGGGACCAUCAUCACCAAAUGGGAGUGGAUAUGACCAACAAAAUGGCGGCGAGGUUCCCGACGUUCUGCUUGCAGUGCGAACAUGUCCUACAUCUGGAUCAUGCGAGGGAGUGGUUCGCUAGGCAUCAGGAGUGUCCGGUGCCAGAGUGUAGGUGUAAGUGUAACUUUAGGGCGAAUCCGGAGUUGAGGUAUCGGUAG